AUCGCCAUGAGUCAUGAGUGGAGGAUCUGGCAAGAAACAUAACAAACCCCUGAUCGAUCAGUCAAUAGAGUGACUUUUCGUCAUUUCCCUGAACUCGCGGGUUUCCCGUGCCUCUAACCAUGCCCGCUAUUCAAAGCUUAACGAUGGUAUACGACGCGCUGAAUGAGGACAGGACGUUCUCCGAGGGGGACCCGCUCACUGGGAAAGUAACGCUGGCCUUGGAAAAGCCCACGGCCAUCCAGAGCUUCUUCGUCAAAGUGAAGGGGGACGCUCAAGUGCGCUGGACGACGAGGAGUGGAAACCACAAUCACACGCACUCGGCACGCCGCAGAUACUUCAAACUCAAGCACUUUUUCUCCGAGGAAAGCGCCACCGAGACUGUACUUCCCCAAGGUGUCCAUGUGUAUAACUUCAGCUUUACCUUACCGUCAGUGAGCAUGCCUUCAAGCUUCAGGGGCACCUAUGGAAAGAUUGUCUACAUGCUUGAAGCCAAGUUGUCUAGAAGUUGGAAAGUGGACAAGACUGUUGAAAGAGUGAUCGUUUUUCACUCAAAGUCCUUCCCAAAUCUGCAAUCUCUGAUGUUACGGCAAGUUGCUGUAAAAGACAAAGAGUUGGGGAUUUUCUCAAGUGGAAAAGUGCACAUGGAAGUCACUGUUGAUAGGACAGCGUACGCCCCAGGAGAAACCGCCAUGGUUGUUGCCAAAAUCAACAACAACUCAUCCAGUGACAUGAUUCCCAAAGUGCGUUUAUCCCAGGUGAUUGUAUACACUGCCAGCAGUAGUACCAAACAUGAAAACGGCACUAUCAGCAAACUCGUCGGACAUAAUAUUAGACCCCACUCAGAGGAGGAGGUCAGGUGGGAAGUGAAAAUUCCCACCAAUAUGCAGCCAGCCAUCAAAAACUGCGAAAUCAUCUCAGUGGACUAUUACUUAAAGGUAUAUCUGGACAUCAGUUUUGCCUUUGACCCUGAAGUGACGUUCCCAGUUAUCAUCAUACCACGGAACCUCGCCUCUGUUGGUCAGCCUGCCGUUUCUGGGAUUGGCUGGGGCCAACAAAACAGUGACUUCCACGCCGGCGCAGCCAGUGCCCCUUUUUAUCCCCCUUCGCCAAACAGAUACCAAGGUGCCCAAGCGUAUUCAGUACCCCCACCAACUUAUCCGGCAAGCUUUGCUGGACCACCGGUCGCGAAUCCCGGUCCAUGGGGUGAUUAUGCAGGAACUGCUCCUUAUGGUUCUCCAUCUUCACAACCAUCGCCAUCUCAUGUUCCUUACCCUCCACCAAAUCCAUCAACAUUUCCACUACAGCCGUCUGCCCCGUUGGCCUAUCCAAGCGCACCAGCAACACACACAACUCCAUCUGCUCCACCUUCUUACAUGAGCGCCACUAACUUUCUGUCUCAAUCUGAUGAACCUCCUCCAGCCUAUUCACUUAUUUUCCCAUCGUCUACAAACGAAGGGUCAAGUGAAGCCAAAUAACACCAAUUUCAAAUCAACAUUGGGACGAUAAAUGGAUAGUACUUAUUAAAGAUGCACCGAUACUGAUACUAGCAUCGGCAGGGGGCGCCAAUCCGGCCCGAAAUGGUGGUAUCGGUAUCGGCGAGUACCAACAAAGACGGCGCCGAUACCAUUUACCGGUCCAUUAUUAUAACAUUUGACCGCAGCCUUUUUUUUUCUCCUGGCGCUCACUACACUCUGUCUCUGUGUUGUGUGAUGACACGUGAACACCAAGCAGCUAUCGCUAUUGGCCUGCUCCAGACCAAUGAGAACGGGCCAAUAGCCACUCCCGACCAAUGACAAGGCCGCUUGGCAGCGCCGACAUGGCGGCGGUCGGGAAAUAUUUCAAAAUAGAAAUCCCGUCAAUUAAAAUCAAUGCUGCAUGCAAGAUUUGCGGCCUGAAAGUUUCGAGAUGUGGAGUUAAAUCGGCCAGUUUCAAUACCUCGAACCUGAUAAAACAUUUGAAGACGAAACGUGAACGAACACAACGAGUUUGAGCCUGCAAGAGCAGGACUGCUAUCCAGAGGAAGGGCGCUGGACCGGUGCAACAAUCUCUGGUCAGUUCACUACGUCAACUUUACUUUGUCUUUUACUUAAAGAAAUGCUGCAGUAAUUUGGGAACUGUUUCCAAAGUAGGAUUGCCACCUUUCAGAAAUAGAAAUAAGGGACCCCCCCCCCCGAAAAAAGGAGGCUAAUAGAGAGACGGGAUGCUGUGGUCAAUUAUUAUUACUUACAAUUGUUAGCGUCCGCAAAUGCGGAAACAAGGUUGGACCUCGAAGCAGACAACAAGCAGGGGAUACGUACAAGGGUUUAAUGAUUGCAAACAAAAAAUAACACGCGAUCGCGGGAUAGUAGAAAUAACAAAAGGAGUCCGUGACAGCAGGUCAACGGAGCUCAAUACUACAAACUCGAAGGCUAACUAAGACGAUAGGCAGCGAGCCAAAAAGCCAAAAUAAAAACAUUUAAAUACCUGCACAGGGUAGAGGUUACAAACGAGUGCAGCACACUAACAGAAAAAACCCAAUGCAGGGGCGUAACAAGCAAAUGUAGCGAGACUAUAGUGCGAGAUGUCAAAUGGUGAUCAGCAAAGCAAAUAUCUCGGCAGCCUUCUCUGAGCUCACCCGUGCUUAAAUGCUGCGUUGAUGAGCCUGCAUUGGAUUCAGGUGCGACAUCAGGAACGCCCCACUAACAGCCCAGCAACAACACACAAUCUAACCAGCAGCAGAAUAUGACAAUAAUUUCAUGAAAGUUGCAUUGUUUGGCCUUUGAGAGGUUUAAAAAAGUUUACUCAGUUCAUUCAUUCAUUCAUUCAUUUUCCAUGCCGCUUUUCCUCACGAGGGUCGCGGAGGUGCUGGAGCCUAUCCCAGCCAACUACGGGCAGUAGGCAGGGGACACCCUGAACUGGUUGCCAGCCAAUCGCAGGGCACAAGGAGACAUACAACCAUUCACGCACACACUCAUACCUACGGACAAAUUAGAGUGUUCAAUCAGCCUACCAUGCAUGUUUUUGGGAUGUGGGAGGAAACCGGAGUUCCCGGAGGAAACCCACGCAGGCACGGGGAGAACAUGUAAACUCCACACAGGAAGGCCGAAGCCCGGGAUUGAACCCUUGAUCUCAGAACUGUGAGGCAGAUGUGCUAGCCACUAAGCCACCGUGCCGCCCUUACUCAGUUCAUUCAGAGUUUAUUAUUAUUAACUUAUUUUUACUUUCUUACUGUUGGGCUAGUAUCAUACUUUGUACUAGUCUUUUUCCUGUUUUACAAAGGUAAGCAACAGCCUGACAAAGCCUUGAUGGCAAUGAGUUCACAUCCAGUUAUGUAGCUCUUUGGGGAAAAAAAAAAAAAAUAUAUAUAUAUAUAUAUAUAUAAACGGGGUGGUAUCUGUAUGGUAUCGGUAUCGGCCGAUACUACACAGCCAGGUAUCGGUAUCGGGGCCAAAAAAUGGUAUCGGUGCAACACUAGUACUUAUAUAGCGCAAUGGCGAGACAAAUGUGAACAGGGCCCGGGUGCGAUGCUACUUUCACAGGCCCCACAAUACCAUUGUUCUUUUCGUCAACAAUGACGUUAACGAAAUUUAUAUUUCGCCGACAAACAAUUUUUUCAUGACGAUGAACUAAAAACGUGGCUUUCGAGACUAGAACAUAACGAGAGAAAUGCCAGUUUUCGUCUGAUGAGACGACAACGACACGAAAAUGCGACAGUUUCUGUCAUAUAUUCAAAAUGCGUGACAUUUUCAUAUUGUACGUGGAGUACAUACGUCAGCUUACAUCAUAGCAGUGUUUGAGUCAUGUGCAGAGGUGGGUAGAGUAGCAAAAAGUUUUACUUAUGUGAGAGUAGUGUUACUACUAAAAAAAUUUAGUAAAGUAAAAGUAUUCAUGUGCCCUGUGAUUGGCUGGCAACCAGUUCAGGGUGUCCCCUGCCUACUGCCCAUAGUUCGCUGGGAUAGGCUCCAGCACCUCCGCGACCCUCGUGAGGAAGAAGCGGCAUGGAAAAUGAAUGAAUGAAUGAAAAGUAUUCAUACAAAAACUUACUCAAGUACAAGUAAAAAAAAAAAAACUAUCACUGAAGAGUAAUGAGUAACAUUGUGAGUAACUGCUUACAAUGUCAGAUUUUUUUUUAAUAAUGGUAUAUUUCACACCAGAACAACACUUGAAACAUCACCAAAACAUGAGCGUCCUCUAGUGGAGAAAAACAUUGUUACCUCUGAUUAGUGUAAUGAAGCCAUGUGGUUUUUGUUGCGAUGUGUCAUUGGUGAAACUGAGACAGCCACUGUUGGCAUCUCUGGCAAAAAUGAAGUCAAUAUGUAGAAUUAAGAGCAAAAAUGUAACGACUCCUAGUGCUUCUUCACAAAUCUACUCAAAUAAAAGUCAAAAGUAUUGCGUGUUAAAACUACUCGAAGAAGUUCAUUUUUCUCAAAAGUUUACUCAAGUAAAUGUAACGGAGUAAUGUAACGUGUUACUACCCACCUCUGGUCGUGUCACUCAUGUGAGGUGUGCUGUGCCUGUCACCUACUCUCCUCACUGGAGUUUCGGAUGUGUUUCAAGCUAGGCUGUGCUCCAUCUUGCUUGUUUGGAAACAUGGUAAGAUUUGCUUUCUUAACUUGGCAAGAGAGAGUAUACAAUGUUGCUUUUGCCUUUAAAGGUCUGCUGAAUGUAACUUGUCACAUUAGCAUUAGCAUUAACUUAAGUGUGGCGAGCAUCCUCUUAAAUGCUCGGGGAACUUUUUUUUUUUUUUUUCUUACAUACAGUUCGUGGCUUCGAGGUGGGUUUAAUUGAACAUAAUGUUCUGUUUUUCCUGCUGACUGUAUUAUCAUCAUUACUACUAUACAGUGGUAUGAAAAAGUAUCUGAAUCUUUUGGAAUUUAUCACAUUUCUGCAUAAAAUCACCAUCAAAUGUGAUCUGAUCUUUGUCAAAAUCACAGAUGUAAAAACAGUGUCUGCUUUAACUAAAACCACCCAAACAUUUAUAGGUUUUCAUAUUUUAAUGAGGAUAACAUGCAAACAAUGACAGAAGGGGGACAAAUAAGUAAGUGAACCCUCUGUCUAAGGACACUUAAACAGCAAUUAAAACCAAUUUUACCCAAUCAAUUUAAGUCAGGUGUGUGCCCAAUCACUGAUGAGUGGUUUAAAGAUGCCCUGCCCACUAUAAAACACACACCUGGUAAGAAUUGUCUUGAUGAGAAGCAUUGUCUGAUGUGCAUCUUUGCUCGGUCAAAAAACCUGUCUGAAGACCUGCGAUCAAGGAUUGUUGAUUUGUAUAAAGCUAGGAAAGGAUACAAAACCAUCUCUAAAAGUCUGGAUCUUCAUCAGUCGACAGUCAGAGAAAUUGUCUACAAAUGGAGAGAGUUUGGCACUGGUGGGGGGGCUGUUGUAUAAAAAAAUAUUGUUGCAAGUUUAAUGUUCGCAAAAAGGCACUUGGACACAGUACACAGUAGUUUUGGCAAAAUAUUUUGUGGACUGAUGAAACCAAAGUUACAUUUUUGGGGGAGUAACACAUAACGUCAUGUGUAGAAAAAAAAAAAUGGAACAGCUCACCAACAUCAACACCUCAUCCCCACUGUGAAGCAUGGUGGAGGGAGCAUCAUGAUUUGGGGCUGUUUUGCUGCCUCAUGGCCUGGACAACUUGCAAUCAUUAAUGGAAGAAUGAAUUCAAAAGUUUAUCAGGAUGUUUUGUAGGAAAACCUGAGGCCGUCUGUCAGACAGUUGAAGCUACAAAGAGGGGAUGCUGCAACAAGACAAUGAUCCCAAACACAGAAGUAAAUCAACUUCUGAAUGGUUUCAGAAGAACAAAAUACACGUUCUGGAGUGGCCAACUCAAAGUCCAGACUUGAACCCCAUUGAGAUGCUGUGGUAUGACCUAAAGACAGCGAUUCAUGCCAGACAUCCCAGGAAUCUUACUGAACUACAGCAGUUUUGUAGAGAAGAAUGGGCCAAGAUUAGUCCUGAUUGAUGUGCCAGACUGAUCUGCAGCUACAGGAAGUGUCUGGUUAAAAUUAUUGCAGCCAAGGGGGGGCACAAAAUGUUAAAUGUGGUUAUUCACUUACUUAUUUUUCCCCCUUCUGUCAUUGUUUGCAUACUAUACUCAUUAAAAUAUGAAAACCUAUAAAUGUUUGGGUGGUUUUAUUUAAAGCAGACACUGUUUUUUCUUAUGUGUGAUUUUGAAAAAGAUCAGAUCACAUUUGAUGGUGAUUUUAUGCAGAAAUUCCAAAAGGUUCAGAUACUUUUUCAUACCACUGUAUGUGUUCGUCUGUCUGUGUUCAUUCGAAAUUGUUGGAAAUCUUUAUUUAUUUUUGGACUAAAACUCACAUUUUACAGACGAAAACAUUUCUGAGUAACUGUCGACAAAAAACUAGACAGAAUUUGUAUGAGAUUUCAUCGACUAAAACUAGACGAUGACAAACACAUUUUUGAAAUGGCUAAAAUAUGACUAAGACUAAGGUAUUUUCGUCCAAAACGCUAAGACAAAAAUUGAAAGGGCUGCCAAAAACAACACUACUCAAGACGAUCGUCCAGUGUGUAUGUGUGUGUGGGGUGGAAGUGGAUAUUUUUUUUGCAGGCCAAUCCAGACAACCGGCCAAGCAGCUAGCAGAGAUAUUUUAACUCUUAAACACUAUAUUACAGCUCCGCUCAUCAUCUUAUUUUCUGUUUGACCCUCCCCUCACCCAACCACGCCCACUUAAUGCCCGCAAACCCCUUAAUAAGUUCCGCUCCUGAUAUAGCUUAUUUAACUGCAUGUUUUUACAGUGCCCAAAGUGCUUUACAUUAGCUCAAAAAGCAGCAUGUAAGUCAUUAACAUUGAAAUAUUUAAAAUUAUAUAGACUUUUUAUGCAUGUCAUUUUUUAGUUUGAAAUAUGAAGUGAAGUGAUAUAAAAAGUGUUGUAAACUGUUUCUUUGCACCUUUUUGAAAUUGCCAUGUUAAAAAAAACUCGUUGCCUUAUGCAGUUUUAAUGCAUUUUGUUCUGCCCUACGUGCACAGUUGAGCCUGUUCUACAAAUUUUGGAAAAUAUCUGCUUCGGCGAAAUGGCUAAAUUGUACUUGCUGUGGUGACAUGGAUUGGAAAGAUUUUAGGUCUUGUUGGCUCAAGUAUUAAAGAUAUUUGAUGUUAAAGUUUGAGUACUGAGAUGCAUUGGUUUCAUUGUAUAAUAUCAGUUUUAUAAGUUGCUUCAUUUGACAUGAGAUGGCUAUAUCAGUGUGUGCCAUGAAAUGUGUCUACAUGAACGCAUUAUGUCCACUUCCAAAAUACACUGAAAACAGCAUAUUAUGUCAAAUCAAAGCUCUUAGUAGAUGAUUAUAUUCUGAACUAUUUUUUAAGUAAAUGUUUUUACCCAAAAACAACUGGGGGUGUGAACCUCUGGGUACCUCACGAUGCAAGGAUCAUGAUAACAACAAGAAUACAACAAUUACUGAUACAUGGGUCAGGAAAUCAUUCUAGGAUAUUCUACAAAACAUCCCAUAAGCAGAAAAACAAGCUGUUUUCAUCCUUCUGCUGUGAAUUGGAAUGAGUUUAUCACUAGUAGAUGUGAACAAAUGCUCGUUCGCUACCACCCUCCAACUUCAAACGCAUUGAACGUCUAUGGCGGUCAAUGGCAGAGAAUGAGUUAAUUUUCAGGGAUUUUAGGGCAUUUGCUGGUCCGUUAUAUCAUUUGUUGGUCCCUUUCGAUCAUAUGUGGAGAUUAAGGGUACCCCCCUUCCCCCCGGUGGCCGAAAAUGUAAUUGACUCUCCAAUAUAUGAAUUUAAAAUUAAGCCUUUGCUGGUAAAAAAAAAAAAAAAUCUAUAAAAGUUGUAAAGCAAAAAAACAAAAAUGAAUGAAACUACUCCAGAAACUAUUUUUAUAUUGCCUCAAAAUUAUUUUUCUAACAGAUCGUGUGACUAUCACCUCAGAGACGGUCAUUUCCUAUGCUUAAAAAAAAAAAAAAAAACACAAAA